AAUGUAUUUUUAAUGUAUUUGCAUAUUUAUUGUUUGAUUGUUUUACUACUAGUACUGAGUUUUAAAUAAUUAAUUAUGACAAUUAUUGUACAAUNUUGGUACGAGAGGUUCGGAAGUGGACCCAAACCAGUGCUUCUCAUACCCGGUGCUAUAGGGACGGGAAGAACGGAUUACUGGGAACAGGUGGAGGGCGAGGACGCUCUGGACUUGGAUGCCUUUACCCUGAUUGCGGUCGAACCCAUGGGUUGGGGCCGAUCGGGUCCACCCGCGCGACGCUAUGACAUCAAUAUGUACAACAAGGACGCAGACAUCUAUGAGACUCUCAUGAAGCAUUUGGGAUAUAAGCAUUAUUCGGUGAUCGCGUGGUCAGACGGAGCAAAGAGUGGCAUAACUCUAGCCAUCAAAUACUCGGAUUCAGUAAACGCUAUGGUAUUAAUCGGAGCGUCCAUUUGCGCGUCCAGACAAGCCGUUCAGUUCCUCAAUACCAUUAUUAAGACAGAGGAUUGGAGUGCGGAUCGACUUAACUCUUACCUCAGGAGUUAUGAAAGUCGUGAAAAGAUACAGGACUUGUGGACCAGAUAUGUUAAGUCUACGGAAUAUCACGACCAGUACUUCGGCAAUGAUAUGUUUGGCAAAGAAGGCUAUCGACAAAUCAAAUGUCCAGUUAUUAUCAUAUUUGGCGAAAAGGAUCAAAUCACAGAUACUGAACAGUGUCUACACCUAAACCGACACAUCCGGAGCUCAAAACUAAUGCGUUUUCCAACCGCUGGACAUGACUUUCACCAACGAUUUACCUUAAAAUUCAAGAUUAUAUGCGAAGAACUCUUCUCUAAAGUGUAA